UCCUUCGGGAUUGGUGAGGGUGCGAGUACGGCUCUCGUCAUAGGAAUGGCUAGAGAAGGUUCUGGUCACGCUCAGUUUAUCACAGGAACUGACAGCAUGCAGCCCAAAGUGAUGCAGUCACUCAGGUUUGCUCUUCAGCCGGCAGCGGAUAAUAUCUCUGUGGACUGGACCGUUCCUGAGGGCGUGACGGUGGACAUGCUGUCCCCACCCAUCAAUGCUCUGUUCCAGGGUCAGAGGGCGCUCAUCUACGCUCAGAUUAAAGGACAGAGCUCAGGAGAGACAGAAGGAGCAGUAACUGUGAAAUACAAGCUAAAAGAUCAACCAGUGACUAACCAGCUCCAGUUUACUCUUAAACCAACAGAAGACACAGGACUGACGAUCCACCGGCUGGCGGCCCGGACUGUGAUCCGCUCUCUGGAGCUGCAGGAACGAGCCGGACGAGCUGCAGGUGUGGAGAACAUCAGGAACAGGAUUGUGGAGCUCAGCGUUCAGGCAGGAGUGAGCAGCGUUCAUACGGCCUUCAUCGCCGUCAAUAAAGACAGCAAACAGACUGUGAAAGGGCCGCUGCUGCAGAGGAGAGUGCCGCUAAAGCGUAUGUGCCGACGGUCUGCAGUGUAUGGUGGCAAUGUGGGAAUGCGCAUAGGGGCGUUUGGAAGAGGCGGAGGAAUGAAUGCUGAGGGACGUUCUUCUGCACAAUGUAAAAAAAAACGCAAGCUUCAUUCAUCAUCUGAUCGUGACUGCAGUGUGAUGGUUGAUUCUGCUGCUGCGUCACAUCGGGCCGAACCUGAGUCCCGGACGGACCCUUUGCUCCAGCUGGUCUCUCUUCAGAAGGCCGCGGGAUUCUGGGAGCUGAACGCUGCACUGACUGAAGUGUUUGGGAAGACGGAGGAUGAGGUGACCAAUCAGAAACCAGCUCAGGUGGACGGGUCAGUGUGGGCCACCGUCCUCGCUCAUCUGGUUAUACGCGUAUAAAUUCGAUCAGCGGGUGGAGUGGCAGUUUGUGGCCAUGAAGGCGGCGUCAUGGAUUCGCUCUCAGAAACCGGACGGUCUGUCUCAGUGUGUGUGUGACGGGAACGUCCUGUUGGGAUCUCAGGUGACUGAAGACGCGCUGGGAAUCUGAAGACUGAAGAGUCUUGUGCUGUCAGAAGAACAAAGAACUCUCACUCUUUAUCAUAAACAUCUGUGUUUUUGGUUUCUAGAGUAAAAUAAAUAUUUUAACAGAAUAAAACUGACAGAUUUAUUUUUGUAUCCAUAUAGUAUGUGUAAGCUUUAGAGCUCCUUAAAUUCAUGUUUUUGCUUUAAAUAUAAAUAUAUAAUCUUAUGGUACUUUGUUUCUUGAACUAUUUCACUGUGUGUGUUGUAGUGAGCAGAUUGUGUCAGUGUGUUUUUACCAAACUGUGUUAUUAAAGGUGCAGUAAGUCAAGUCACAUUUAUUAAUAUAGUGACACAACAUGUCAUGUAUGUUCAUCAUCUUCAUACUAUCAUUAAUGGUCACUGUAGUUCUGUUUUUUUAAUCUCACUUUUGUUGUUGCUUCAUCCAUGUGGGUGGGAUUUACAUAUCAUUCACUUGGUGUAUAAUUAAUUAAUCAAUCUCCUUUUUCUUAAUUGUGUCAAUUAUCUGGUGUCUCCAAGCAAUGUCUUGAACCAUGUGUAUAUGUAGUUGAUUUAUAAGGUUUAAUCCCUGUAGAUUGUGCAAGCUGGGCUGAAAUGUUUCUUCAAACUUUUAUAAU